GGAGACGCACCGAGCAGCCGAGCCAUGGGGGAUUCGAUGUGGAGAUAUUACUUGGGAGUUGUCUUUCUGGCCUUCGAAGUCGACUUGUGUCGGGCGCUCAUCUUGGAGUCCAUCUAUUGGAACACAACAAAUACCAAAUUUGUGCCAGGACAAGGUGUGGUACUCUACCCUCAGAUUGGGGAUAAAUUGGACAUCGUGUGCCCCCGAGUGGAUGGUGUGGGGGGCGAGGGAGUGGAGUAUUACAAGGUGUACAUGGUGCCCAGGGAGCAGCUGGAGAGCUGCACCAUUACCAAGGCUGACACACCCCUCCUCAACUGCGUCAAGCCCGACCAGGACGUCAAGUUCACCCUCAAGUUUCAGGAGUUCAGCCCCAACCUGUGGGGCUUGGAGUUCUUCAGGGGGAAAGACUAUUACAUCAUCUCUACUUCAAAUGGCACGAUGGAGGGCAUUGACAACCAGGAGGGGGGAGUAUGUAAGACCAAGUCCAUGAAGAUGAUCAUGAAAGUGGGACAAAAUCCUGCUGACCCUGUUUCAUCCAAAGACAACCCCACCAGGGUUCCCUACUCGCCUAAGCACCCGGACAGCAAAGAAACCCACAAGACUAAUGAAGUGCUAGAGAAGCCAGGUGCAGCGUCCAGAGAAAGCGAUGCAAACAACACAGGCGGGAAGUCGUCCAAUAUUAUUGGUUCCGGGGUGGCCAUCUUUGUCAGCAUCGCCUCAGGCAGUGUCAUCUUUAUCAUCAUCAUCAUCAUGCUGGUGCUACUGCUGCUCAAGUACCGGCGGCGUCACCGCAAGCAUUCGCCACAGCACGCAGCUACAUUGUCUCUUAGCACUCUGGCCACGCCUAAGCGCAGCGGCAGCGGUGGGAACAAUAAUGGCUCUGAGCCCAGCGACAUCAUCAUCCCGCUCAGGACUGCUGACAGUGUCUUUUGCCCCCACUACGAGAAGGUCAGCGGCGAUUACGGCCACCCGGUCUACAUAGUCCAAGAGAUGCCACCGCAGAGCCCUGCCAACAUCUACUACAAAGUCUGAAGAGGAACGUUUAAGAACAUGAGACAUACUGGACCAAUCCCAGGGUGGAAAGGGGCAGGUUGAUGGUUUCAGAUGGCACAGCCUCAAUGCCUGCGAACAAACUCCUUCACCCUUUCUCUGUCGUUCUGCCAACUCCUCUCCUCCCAUACCUUGUCAGUAAUAUUUUCAUUGUCAACAUUAGAUUAUACCUACUUCCUCUGGUAUGUUCACAUCGACUGGGAUUGGCAGAGGCUUGAGAAAUUUCUGCCGCUGCUGCUACUUUCUGGGGCUUUGGGGGAGAGGAGGAAGAACUUUUAGUAUCUUUACCCAAUGUUUUUCCCUUCUCUGGUUUGUGCACAUGUGGCUAGCACGUUAGGUGAGCUUGAUAUGUGAGGUCAAGAGAGUUUACAAAGAUGCAAGUGUUCUUUUCUUCGACUGUGAUGGGAAGGACAGAUGGCCGUACGGAUGUGAAAGAUUCCUUGUAAGAGAGGGGGGUUAUCUGACCUCAUCAUAGAAACUACUGCUUGGAAAAAUAUAAAAACGAGCUGGAAAGAGGCAAAGAUUUGAGCCCAGAGGAAAGAUAACAGAGAGGCGGUAGGCUGACCAUGAACUCACAAAGUGGCUGCCCUUCCUUGACGUUCACAGGCUUGAAUGAAUAUUUGGAGUCCCCAGGUGAACAAGAAAAAGGGGAUAGAUUCUUGCACCAAUCCUCUCUGGGAUUAGCUUGACUGACUCACAGAUUUGACCCAGACACUCUGUCAGGCACACAUACGCCCACCCACGGCCACGCACAUCCGUCAAUGCAAACUGUUUGGGUUUUUGUUGUGGAUUACACCAUUUGUCCUCAUUCUUAGCUAUUUUCUCACCAAAACCUCUUUUCAUGUUACUUGAAGGUUGUAUCCAGUAUGUAUCCCAUCCUGUGUCAAAAUAUGUUGCAUUUGAUCACGUGCGGCUUUCAUAUCCUGGUGUAGCUGUGUCCACGUAGAGGUUUAGUUCACCCUUUUGGAGCACAUCAUUUUGUACGUAACAUUCGAACACAAGUGGAGUAGCAAGUGUGUUCGAGAUAGAGGACGGGCAGUGAGGAUGGUUGCGUGACAGGUCUGCUAAAAGACAUGCCUGGAGAGUGGAGGGCUUUCUAAACCAACAGCAGCAGUUUUAACCCUGUUUUGGUACCUGGACUCUUCAUAGCAGUCCAGAGAUAGACCGUGAAAAGGAGAGAAUGGAGAAAAGCUGUAUCCUGCUAGUGUUAAUAGUAGGGCCCGACUGAUUAAUUGGCCAACUGAUUUAACCAGCCGAUAUUAGCCCUUUUAUAAUCGGCAAAAAUUGGCAGAUUUUUUCCCGAUAUUUAUUUUCUUUCUUUUUUUCUUUUUUUUUUUAACAUAUUAGCACAUUACAAACAUAGGACAAUAAGAAGAGAAUGAUAAAGAUAAUUCAAACUAACAUUAAAAAAAAAAAAAAAACGGCAAAAUUUAGCCAAUUAUUUUUUUUUCUCUCUGUUGCAAAGUUAAACAAAUACUAAAGUACAUAGUAUAGUCCACCCAUCCAUUUUCCAUACUGUUUAUUCUCACUGGGGUCUAAGUCUGGGCGAGAGGCUGGCUACACCCUGUACCGGUCGCUCGCCAAUUGCAGUGCACAUAUAGACAAGCAACACUCGCAUUCACACCUUUGGCAAAUUUAGUCUUCAAUAAACCUACCAUGUAUGUUUUGGGGAUGUGGGAGGAGACCCACCGCAGGCACUGGGAGAACAUGCAAACUCCACAGAGGCGAGGCCAUAUUUGAAUCCGUGUCCUCAGAACUGUGAGCCAGAUGUGCUAACCAUUUUCCACCAUGCCACUCGACAUAGUAUUGUAAAACAGUAAAAUGUUCUGCCUGUAAUUCAUAUCUUUAUUGUUUUAAGUGUUAAGGGACCACAAAAGCAUUUUUUAAAAUUCAUUAUAUAUAUAUAUUUUUGAAAUUGAUUGAUCAGUUAUCGUAAUUUUAUUCGGUCAAAUAUUGGAAUUGACAUCAGCCUCAAAAAAAAAAAAAUUUAAAAAAAAAAAAUCUGUAUCAGCCGGGCCCGAGUUAAUAGUAAGGACUCACCUCAGCUCCCCAAAACCUGAGCGUUACGCAGGAAAUUGUUUAGGGCAAUAGGAAAUCCAAUUUGCAUUCGUGUCGUUUUUUUUU